AUGUCAACAUCCAAAAAACGCAAGUUAUCCACAAACCUUUCUUCUACUCUUUCAUCGUCUCCGCAUUCGCCUGCCAGGAAGCCUAGACAUUCCACCGGGCAUGCACCGAAUUGCGAGGAUUCUUCGUGCGAGGGGUGUGAUGUCGGUGAGAUAGAAGUCAGCUUCGCGCUAACUGAUAGCACUACACCACCGGGCCCAAGUGAUUUGUUUAGAAUGGCGGUAAACGAGUCUGAGAAAGAGAAUCCUGAAGAGCAUGGUGGGGGCAUUGUGAAGAAAUUGUAUGACAUGGCUAUAGGAGAAUUUGAUCGUGUAUUAGGAGAACAAGAGGAAAUUAGGAGAAAGGCUGGGAAAGAGGAGGAGGAUUUGGAGGGAGAAACAAGCGACAAGAGCAAACUAGUCAAGGGAAAAGAAAAGGGAAGAGAAGGAGAAUACGAGAGUUACACAUCAUUUUUAUGUGAUUAUGCAAUGUGUUGUCUUUCAUUUGGAAAGUAUAUGCCACUCAUUUCUUACAUCAAGAAAAGUAUCGAAUUGUUUGAGAAAGUCAUUUGCGAGAAUAACGACAACGGCGAAGCAUGGAUAGGACUUGCAAGAGCUAGGAUCGCCUUGGCGCGUAUGAGUCUGCCAUCGUCCGAAGACGAAGGAGAAUUGGAUAAAGAAGAGAAUUUCAGUGAGAGCCGGAAGGAAUUUUUAAACGGAAAAGAGGCCUAUGAGCGUCUGCAGCUUAUAAAACCAAUUCAGGGACUCUCUCUCUUUAGAUCGACGGACAUGUCGCGAUAUAUAUCCGAGUCUAUCUUGGCUGCCAAAGAUUUUUAUGAAUACGGAGUCUCCUAUCAACCCCAUGCUUAUGCCUCUAAAGUAUUUGAAUUGUCGUUGGAAUAUUUGGAAUCUGCUACACGAGCUCAAAACUUGGAAAAUCCUGAAGAACAGGAUCCAUUUGUUGCCGGCUUAAAGGGGUCUUGUCUGUAUUAUUCGGCUAUGAAAAUUCCAACGGGAAACAUUCUUAGCUUACUGGCCAUUAUGUGUCAAAAGUUACUUUUGAUGGAAUCAAUUAAGAAUCUUAAAUUUGCAAAUGAUCACAGUGAGGAUAGUUACGCCGAGUUGCUUGGCCAAGUUUAUAUUCUGCAAUCGACACUUGUUGGCAACGAGAAUACAACAAUGGAAGCUUUCGAACUGGGUAUCGAAUAUUUAAAAAAAGCAUUCGAGAAGAAUCCAGGUAAAAAACAAGGAGAAUUGAAUGCAUUUAUCUGGAUGCGUCUAACGUGGAUGUUUCGCCAUCGGGUUUUGUUCAACAGAUAA